CUGUGUUAAUGAGCAAUCAUUUCAAAAAAAUAAUAACAAACAGACAAAAAAUAAAAGAAAUUUAUUGCAAAAAUAAUAAAAAACCCAAAAAUAUACAUAUUCCGUUCCUGAGAUUUACAUUUUAAUGCCGACCGACUGUCUGCGGAAUUUUUUCUAUUAUUUUAAGCGACAAAGUUAAAAAUCAUCUAAAAUUAAUAUGCAAAGAUGGUUGAUUAUUGAUUACAACGAUAACAUUAAUAAAUGUAUAAUAUUUAUGAUUAAAUGUAUCUUAUUGUCUUCUUUAUUUAUUGAACUUUUUAGUUAAUCUUAAAUAAUACACUCUAUUGUAAUAUUAAAAAAUUAUAUUAACAAACAAAAAUCACUUUUAUUGAGUAGAUGCUAAGUGUAGUUGUUUUUGCUGCCGAUUUGAAAAUUACUCAAUUUGAUACACCAAAGAAGGUAGUAAAAAAAACUACUCAAAACUGUCAACUAAAUAUUAAUAAAAACUUUAAUUUGAAAAACUAUAAUAAGAUUUGAGACCAAUCUAGAUUUGCAUUAUAAUAAGUUUAGAGAUAUCUAAAUUAUUUCGCAUAUAAACAAAUAAAUACAAAAUAAGUUUAGAUCAAAACAUACAGUAUAGAACAAACAACUCAAGAAUACAUAUCCAAAGAACACAGUCAUAGACAAUACAUCGUCAAAAAGGAUUUAGUAAUUAAAUAAAAAAUAUUACAAAAUGCGUUGUUUAGUUUUUAUUGCUUUAAGCUUGGUGGCUUUAACUUCAGCUGCUCCUCAAUUCGGUUAUGGAUACGAAGCACAACAAACAGCUCCUCUCGGAGCAGGGCAUCAUGGUGGUGAUAAAUAUUUGCCACCAGCCUCCACAACCCCAGCCCCUGUAGUACGCAAACAAUUCUACUUAGUUUCAGCCCCAGAAGAUGAUGACAGCCAACCUAAACACAAGCAUUUAGUUUUAGGAAAACCACAAAAGAACUACCGUGUGGUCUUCAUUAAGGCUCCUAACUCUGGCGCUGGCAAUGUUAAAUAUUCUGCCGAAUAUGCUCCUCAAGAAGAAAAGACUGUUAUCUAUGUAUUGAGCAAAAAAGAUAACGAUUUGGAUGCUAGCGACAUUGCUACUCCAGCUCCUACUCAACCCAGCAAACCUGAGGUAUUCUUCAUCAAAUACAAAACUCCCGAAGAAGCUGAAGCUGCUCAAAAGGAAAUCCAAAAUGAAUACGCCAAAUUGGAAGGCACCAAUGAAUUUUCUGAUGAAGGCACUGCUCCUCUUACCUCUGUUGUUGGCGCUUUGGAUGGUCUUACUCCAGAAGGUUCUUACAACUAUCAACAAAUCGCCCCUGCACCAAAUUCUCAAGAAAAGUCUGCCAUCAGCCAAUAUUUGCCCCCUAUUAGCAAAUAGGAUGUUUAUUUAAGUAAUAUUGUAGCGACUUUUUAAUUACACUUGUUGAUUAUUAUUUAAGAAUUGAAUUUCGUAAUUGUAGAAUUUUAGUAUUUGUUGUUGUUUAUUUUUAAAUAAAAAUUAGUUUUGAACGAAAUUAAA